UUCCUCCUCUACCAGCAAAUCCUACCUUGGCACAAAUCAAGUACGAUUCCUCCUCUACCAGCAAAUCCUACCUUGGCACAAAUCAAGUUUAAUAGUGAUGAAAAAGCAAAGAAAUCCAAGGCCAAGUCACUUAUUCAGAAUUCUGUGGCAGAUAGUGUGUUCUAUAGAAUCAUGGCUUGUAAGACAGCAAAAGAGGCUUGGAAUAGAUUGAAAGAAGAAUAUCAAGGCAGUGACAGAACACGCCAAAUGCAAGUGUUGAACUUGAAAAGAGAAUUUGAGUCUCUGCAUAUGGAAGAGGAUGAAACAAUUAGUAAAUAUACUAAUCGAAUCUCCUUAAUUGUCAAUAACAUUAGACUACUUAGUGAAGAUUUUGCAGACACAAGAAUUGUGGAGAAAGUUCUUGUUACUCUUCCUGAGAGGUUUGAAUCCAAAAUUUCCUCUCUUGAAGAGUCCAAGGACCUGAGUACAAUCUCAUUGGGUGAGCUAAUGAGUGCUUUUCAAGCACAAGAACAAAGGAGGACUAUGGAACAAGAAAGGUUCACUGAAGGAGCCUUUUCUGUCCAGAAGCAAUAUUCUGGUAACGGAAAGCAACAAUUUAACCAAAGAAAUAAGAACAAGUUUAACGAGGGGAAUGGUAAGCAAAAACCAUUUCCUGUCUGCAAACACCGUAAAAAAACAACACAUCUCGAAAAAUACUGUUGGUGGAGGGCUGAUGCUGUAUGUGGUACUUGUAAACAAAUGGGGCACAUAUCCAAGGUCUGCAAAUUUAAAAAACCCUCUAAAUCUUCACAAGCACAACUGGCAGAAAUUGAUGAUGCAUAAGAGGAGCAGCUUUUUGUCGUUUCUUGUUUUUCAACAAAUGACUCUUCUGACUCUUGAUAGUGCUUGUACACAUCACCUGUGUAAUGAUGCUGGGAUGUUCAAAUUCCUUGAUGACACUUAUAAAACCAGAGUAAAAGUGGGAAAUGGAGAGCUUGUACAAGCCAAAGGCAGAGGUAUAGUGGUUGUUUCAACUUUUUCAAUAUCAUAGAGCUUAUAACAUUAAAUGUACAUGAUUGCUUGUAAUUUUUGUAUUAAUUUUCUUUUGUCAGUCUUACAGCUGUAAUUCUUUUCAAGGGAUUUCCACCUUAGAAAAAGAAAAAAGCUUUUGAGGUAAAAGAUCUGUAAAAAAAAAAAAAAAAAAA